AUGGAGUCUGUCACAGCCACCGGCUUUCCCAAAACCCCAACGCUAUUUUCGAAAAUUCCAGCCACGUCCCACCAAUACCCACAAUCUGUAUUUGUAAAACGGCACCGGUUAACCUCUCAAGGAUCGAUCUUUGUGAAAACCACCAUUAGAGCUUCGAACCCGAGCGCAGCGGCUGAGUCUUCUUCACCUGGACUCUACUCCGCCAAGAAGUACGAGCUCACCGUUCCUAACGUCGACUUGGUUCUUGAGGAUGUCCGCCCCUAUCUCAUCGCUGAUGGCGGUGACGUCGACGUUGUGUCCGUUGAGGACGGCGUCGUUUCACUCAAGCUCCAAGGGGCUUGUGGGAGCUGCCCUAGCUCAACCACCACCAUGAAAAUGGGAAUUGAAAGAGUGCUUAAAGAGAAGUUUGGAGAUGCGCUCAAGGAUAUUCAACAAGUCUAUGAUGAAGAAAACAAAGAGACCACUGUUGAGGCAGUGAAUGGCCAUCUUGACAUAUUGAGACCAGCCAUAAAGAACUUUGGUGGAAGUGUGGAAGUGUUAUCUGUUGAAGGUGGGGAUUGCCAUGUAAACUAUGUGGGGCCUGACUCCAUUGGAUCAGGAAUCAAAGCAGCCAUUAAGGAGAAGUUCCCAGAUAUUGUCAACGUUGUGUUCACUGGGUAG